UUAGUUUAUAAUAUAAUCUACUCAAAUACAAUCUAAUAAUUAGAUUUAAAAUUUACAUUUAUGUCGAAAAGAGAUAUUAAACCGAAAAAAGAUGUUGCCUAGUUUCCGGACAUGCACCGUCAGCAUGGUCGGUGCAAUGCAGUGUUGCUGCAUCAGAAAAUGUGUGAGGGCGCUGGUCAUCCGAUUCAAAAGAAUUCCACAUACGAUAUAGAGGUGAUGAAUAAUUCAUGAUGGAGGAGAUAUUAGCCAACAUUGAGCAGCGGCUGUAUUCAUUUCAUAUCUUGGAAUUGGAUGAACACAGCAGGCAAGAUGGCAACUCUGGUGAUAAUACGCCAGCAUUUGAGUCACUAAUCAAGAUGAAUGGAAAACCAAUCCCACCACCUGUGAUGACAAGACAAAAGCGUCUAGAGAUGAGAGAACUGAGACAUGAGGCGGUCCAGAUAGAGCAGAAACUGGCCAAUCAGAGGAGGCUCAAGUUGUUGGAGAAGGUUCAAGGUAUCGUCAAUGGAAUAGAGGAGAGGAGAUCAUCGAGUCAAGCCAGCCAAGUAGAUGACCAACCCAUCUCACUGGAGCCAGAGGAAACUGCAUCCCCGAAUCUGGCAGAUUGCCCACCAACUCCAGACGAAUCAACAAACACAGAUACUGAGACCGUCGACCACACCAUCUAUCGAGAUCAAGGAGCAUCACUGUCGGGUCUGGGUACGAAAGCACCUCAACUAGUUGCGAACCCUGCUGGAGGUAUUUCUAGUGCACAAGGAUCCACUAGUAGCAGCAGCGAUGCAAGUCUACUCAACCAGACUGUUGUUGCAGCUUCCGACUUCAGUCCUAAAGAUCGGGAAGAUACCAGCCACACCCCAGUUGAUAUGACACAAGACAGGACACUUACCCUUGAAGAAAAACUGUGUAAUCAUUCUUUCACAGAAGAUGCUGCGGUUUCUUCCAUUAGCAAUUUGUCUGUUCCUGGAAGAAACAUUCACCAAUCAGACUCAAGUUCCUUAAAUCCUGCUGGCAGAAUCACAGGGACUACUCCACCCAAAACUGACAAAGAUGAGACCAACUUUCAACAUCCAAAGAAUGUCAUGGUUGGAAGUUCCACUUCUUUGGGAUCAACAGCAGGAGUAAAGUUAGCCUGCUCUUGGAACCAAGAAAGCAGGGAAAUACCGGCAUCAGAGGAAAGAUUCGAAGAUGAAAAUUCGCCAUUGUCAAGGUUCCACCUAAUGCCAAGUCUGACAGGGUCUAACCAAGAUGAUGAUGAUGACUGUGACCCUUUUGGAGAAAGAGAGACUUACCUGAGCCUUCUUGGGGAAUACUCCUCUUUGCCAAUGCCUGCAGGUUCCUCUCAUUUCUUCUCUGACGUCUCAGCAGCUCCCUCCUCUACCCCGCUGGACAACCCAAGCCCCAUCAUGAUUGAAAAACCAUCAGAACUAAUUGGAAAUAAUCUGUCAGUGAAAAAUCCUAGCAAAGUAGCAUCUCCGAAGGAUGACGAGUCAUCCAUGUUCAUCUCCACCAGUUCAACCUUACUGACCAACACUGCGGGUCUGUCAUGUACUUUGCCAUCAAGUCUCAGAACAGUUAGUGCUGCAUCCACCCUUCAAGAUGUUGAUGAUCCUUGGAAUACACUUAUUGAGACCCCUCUGCCUACCUAUGAAGACUUGCAGGUUCACCCAGAGGCUCCUAGAGGGACCCCGGUAGGUCAGGAAGACAGCCAUGGAGGUAAUCCCACUUCUGUCACCAAAACUAUCAAAGCCUCUCCAGACAGUGCAGGCAGCGAAAAUGAAUUCAUUUCUCCAGAGAAGCGUGUCCGGCGGAACUCGUACACCCUGGAUCACCCCUCCCCAGCACUGCUGAAUGCCCAGGCUAGGAACGAGGCACCACGUGUCAAUGUUGGAAGUGAAGAUGGUGGACCAUCAGCCAGGAGAAGUCUUGAACUUACAAAGGAUAGUGAGAUCGAGAUCAAUGGCAAGUCCAAACAGGCUGAGGUUGACAGGGUUACUGGAUCUGGAGGUCAAAAGAUUGAUCUAACAGAAGAACUUUCAGAGGAGAAUGUCUGGCAGCAGCAACUGCAGUACUUCGAGGAAAUGAGACUACAUCUGGAACAGCAGCAGCGAGAACAACUGCAGCAACUGCUGAUGGAGCAACAGCGAGCACAGAUGACACUACAGCAAGAGAUGGCCCAGCUAGAGCAACGCUUCCAACAGAAGCAACAGCAGCAGCAACAGGAUCAGGCAACCAGUAGGGAGGAGGAUAGGGCAGCAAGCAGGGAGGGUGUAGCUGGGAGAACUGAAGUCUUGGUAGAGUCUCAAGGAAAGGUUUCCAUAACAUCUACAGCAAGCUUUGGUUCAAAAGAGUCAACACCCACAUCAGCAAAGUCCUCACAGCAUGUAUCACCAGAUGUCCCCUCAAAACACACCAGUCCCUCAUCUCUCACAAUGGUCUCUCCUGAAGUCAAGUCUACCAGCAAGGUGGGCAGUGGAGGGCAGGCUGAACCAUUCUACUUAGGAGGGGAUACCAGCAAACUUGCCAGAUCACCUGGUGUGGGAGAGAAUGUGGCUACUCCAGUAAGAAUCAAUCUUCACAACAAGAUCAAUUCACCAACAAUGAAGAAGAAAUUUGACAAAAUCUCCGCUGUUGCCAAAGGAUACUUGACCAGACGAAUCUUCAAGACGCAUCGAGUACAGUCAAUCAUCAAAACCAUCAAAGAUACAGUAGCUUUUGCUGACAAGUUCAUCUCAGAAACUCCCAUCAAAAAAGGCGGCAUGUCCAUGCAAGACAUGAUGCUGGCAGAACGUGUUCUUGCCCAGGUCCGAGCUGCCCAGUAUGAUCUGUAUGACAUCUUCUUUACUCUGCCCAUCGAUGAGAGAAUGAGUCUACUUGAGAGGAAUAAGAGAUUGAGUACAGAGGGAGGACAGACCACAAAGGUAACCUCAGAGCCAGACCGAGUACCAGCCAAACCGUUAUCAGCAGCCACUGUCAAAGCCUUAGAGAGAAAGAAGAAAGCCAAGGAGGCAGAAGCCAGAAUCUUUGGAGAUUUCAAAUCAGCGAGUAAAGGCAGAGGUUUGUCCUCCAGGGGCAGACCAGCCAGUGCUGCUGAGGGCAGAAUCUUGAAACCAUUGGUCAGUCAACGGUCCCCUGCCAGGCCAGCAAGUACAAACACAUACAGACCCUCCAAGUACGGUAUCGUCAUCGGCCAAGAUCCACCAAAGUCCAAAGACUCAAAGAAGUUGACCCAUGACCUCAGUAGGGCAAAAGUCACAGCUCAGAGGGCACCAGGCAAUGCUACACAAGGAGUGAAAUCAACCAAGACACGGUCACCAGUGACAGUUAAGACUAAAGGUGUGCGCAGGUCGCUAUAUCCCAUUGCUAAUCCUGCUAAGAAAGCUCCUCGCAGGACUACGGAUGUCAGAAAAUAAAAGGGUUUUUGGUAAGCAGAGUUUGGGUCGACACUUUUUCACAGCAAAACUGUUUUGCAGACAAAUCAGUUGCCUUAAGUAAGCUUUAAGUAAUUAAAUUUCAAGUUCAUGGAAAAACAUGAAAGAAACUUGAUUACUUUCAAAGUCAGCAUUUGACUUUGAAAUGUUACUUCUUAGACAGUGAAAUUAUAAAACUGUUUGUCUUGAUUGACAGUAUUUGAUUAUUGAUAUAGAUUUGACAAGAAUCAGCUGAAAUGAAUAAGAUGGUACUAUUUGGUACAUUACCAGUGAUUGAGUAUUUUAUGCCCACUGUAAAUUAAGUCGAGUGUGGGCAAACACUUUAUGCAAAUCUUUAAUGAAGCAAUAAUGUACAAGAUUGCAUUUUUUGUAUUCUAGUUAUGUGCAAUUUAGACGUUCAUUAGUUUAAUUUACAAAGAUUGCUGUGUUUGUUUUGAUGUGUAUAAAAUGCAAAGUAUUCAGUGAUGAAUGUUGACAGAUAGUCACAGUGGAGAGGCAUUGUCUUAUCUUCUUUCUUUUACAUGAUUUGUGACAAUGACUAUCAGAAUUUGAGUACCGGCACGGAGUUUAUUUACAUUAUUCUAUGCAAUUUUCUUUCCUGAAAAUGAGAGUCCAAAACUUUUAAUGACUGUACACACAAUGAUUUGAUAAGAUGACAACAUACCAGAACAAAGAUUAAUUGUACCUUCAAAUUGGAAAAAAAAGGGCUUUUAAGCCCAAAUUUAGGUCUUGCGUUCUACAAUUGCAUUAGGAAUUGCACGUUUGAAUAUAAUUGAUUCAUCACCAAAGUUUUCAUUGUUUAAAUGAAGGAGUUUUGUUAUUUUGCCAGUUUAUAUUUGCUUUAAAGUUCAUAAAUGUUUGAUUUGCUGGAAUUAUUGAUUUAUUUGAACUGAAAAGGGAAUUCCAGAAAGGGUGUACCCCUUAAGCUUUGCGUGCAGCGCAUUAUUUGCUUAGAAAUGACUGCUUUCAAAUUGUGGCUGUAAGUCUUUUCAACUUACAUAAUGUACAUCCCACUCUGUUAUCUUGAAUUAAAGCAUCACAACUGCACAUUUUUCAUACAAAUGUUGGAUAAAGCAUCAUUCUUAUUGUCAAAGUUGUACAAGUUAAAUCCUCCAGCACUUUCAUAUCAAUAAAGAAUUAUAAGAUGAAGAAACUUA